GAUGUGUAAGCGAUAUGUAUUGUGUAAAGUUUCGCGUUUUUCAGAACGUCGAUCUGCAACGGGUAUUUUGCUCCUCCCUUGGCCCCGCCCCCUUCCGCUUUACUGCUUGGUGCGGGAGCGAGAGAGAGUGUGAGUGUGACUGUUGGCUGUCUGAAACAGGAGUGCGCUCACAGACGGGCCUGCUCGCGCUGUACUCCCGGUGCGUGUGAUUGUGCGGAGCUCCUCGUGUCACCCUCGGGUCAUUGUCUACGCAGUCAACUGACUUGAGUAACAGACUGAUUAACUGAUCAAGUUACCGACCGAAUAACCGACAUAGCAGGCGCCUUAAUGGCUGACUGAAAGCACAAAUGCACAAACUCUAAACAUCUAAUUUUGGCAAAACAUUUCUACAGUGUUUUACGAUUUUACAACUGGAUUAUUCACACUUUUCGGCUUUGGAAAUCUGAAAAGAAAGGUCCACCACAUCUUCCCUCCUUGAACCCAUGAGCAGAGUCAUCCUACAUUCACACAGGUGAAGCAUGAAUGUGGCCAUAGCAGAAGAGCCCCAGAAGAAAGUCUUCAGGGCCAGAAAAACGAUGAAGCUAAGCGACCGGCAGCAGCUGGAGUCCCUCCACAACAUUCGGUCGUCUCCUUCCAACACACCCCCACCAGUGAACGGCAAGCACCCCGAGGGGGCUCAGGCAGAGGCCGAGAAUGACAAGGAGAACCGGGAGGGCGUGGCCUCCGGCUCGGACUCCUCUGUCUCUGUGGCCGUGACUACGGCACCGUCCCCGGUGGCCGGCGCUGGAAGAGAAAUGGAGGAUGCUGAAGGAGACACCAUGGGGGUUGGUGGGCAGGAGAACAACGCGUCGAAGGAAAAGAGCGACGCUGAAAAUGAGAAUGAUGGUUCCAAAACAGAAACCAGUCCCCUGCUGGCUGACAAGCUCGAACAAGCUGGCAGUGAUGCACCCCUCAAGAUCUCUGAGGAUGCCUGCGGGGGAGCAGGGGGAGCAGCAGGGGGCGACACCAGGCUUAAGCCGACAGGCAGCAUGGAGACGGAUUUGGAUAGUGGCGCCUCCAUGCUGGCCACCUCGCAGCCGCAGUCCCCGCUCGCCCCUGGAAACAUCACCUCCUCCUCCCCUUCUCUGUCCCCAUCCCAUGCCCCUGAGUCUGACCAGGAGGUAAAGGAAGGGUUUCUUGUCCUGAGCGAAGAGGAGGAGAGCCAGGGAGAGAAGGAAGAUGGAGAUAAAGGGGAGCAGGAUGAAGAAAAGAUGGAGAUGGACAGUAAGGGAGUUGAAGGGGAAAAUCCAGAAGUUUCUGCCAAGCCUUCUCUGCCCCCCAGUACAGCAUCCCCACUUGGAGAGAGAGACGUAGAGGAGAGCGCAGGCUCUGGGCGGAAGCGAGCGCGGCCCACGGAGAGUGGAGGAGAGCGGGAUGGAGGGGGUGUGGCAGAGGAGAGUGAGGAGAAGAAAUCCCGGGUGGAGGGGGAGGAGCUGGAGGCCCAGCUAGAGCUGAAGAUCAGCGGGAAGCCAGGAAGCCGACAGCGCCUGGAGAAGGUGGUACAGCACUUGGUGACGGAGCAGCUCCGGGUUCUGCAGCUCACCGUCUUCGACCGGAGCCUACAGGAGCUACGAGAGCGGGUGGAGCGCAUCGACUGUGCCACCAAGCAUCAGCACACUCUCAACACUCUGCAGGCCAAGAUCGCGCGACUCACCAAGAAAUUCGGAGCUGCCAACCAAGCGAAGGACAGCACCAGUAAAUCUCAGGAGGCGGCCCUUCCCCCUGCAGCUACUGCUACCAUGGCAACCACACCCACCUCCAGCACGGCCCCCACCUGCCGAAACAGGGUGGAGCGUGGGGCCAGGGUAGAAGUAAAUGCCUGCAUCUUUACUGAACGUGCAUGUAUGCCGUUAAGACCCGAAACUUCACAACUUCAUCAUCAAAAACUGCGGCAGGUCAAUGUCAGAAAAAAAUCUGAAUCUGAAAUGGAAUAUGGAGUUGCUAGUGUUGUAGAUGAAAACACACACAGAAAUUCAUCAGACACCAGAGACACAUCAGAGCGUGGUGCAGAUCAUGAUUUGGAGGAAGAAUUUGAAGAGUCGGUCUCCAGCAUGUCUGAAUACCAAGCAUCCGACAAUAAGUCUGACUCCUCUUCAGAAUGUUUUGAUCGUGACUGUACUACUUUGAACUCUCACCCACCUACAGCUGGACACUUUAGUAAAAAAUCAGUAUCUCUGCAACAAACUAGCACAACAAAGAAAUUGGACAAAAGACACUACUGUGUUUAUUGUCAUAAAUCAAAUACAAAAAUAGCUCGUCAUCUUGAAAGAUGGCACUCAAAAGAGGCAGAUGUGGCACAUGCUUUGAGCUUUAGAAAAGGUUCAAACUCUAGAAGGAAAUUGCUUGAACAGCUUCGCAGCAGGGGUGACUACUGCCAUAACAUCAGAGUUCACAAUGAGGGUUGUGGUGAACUUGUCACUUGGAAACAGCCUUCAACCAGUGCACCUUCUAAUGGUUACCUUCCCUGUCAGCACUGUCUUUGUUUUAUCUUGAAGAAGGACCUUUGGGAACAUGAAUGUUCCUGCCGACUUAAGGUAGAUUCCAUGUCUUGUAUAAAAAAGCAAGUCCAGGCAGCAUCCGUGUAUCUUCUUCCUUUACAAGAUGAUGAAGAUGAUGAAGAGUACAAAAAAAUACUGCUGAAGAUGCAACCUGAUGACAUUUCUAAACAUGCCAAAAGUGAUGCGUUAAUAUGUAAAUAUGGGAAAAUGCUUUAUGUGCAUAACCAAGACACACAGCGUGCAUACAUUGGUCAAAAAAUGCGACAACUUGCAAGGUUAGUCAUGGCAGUAGGUCAGCUUGAAAGCAGAGUGAAAAGACUUCAUGAUUUAAUUGUGCCAUCCAGAUUCAGACUCGUCAUUGAUGGUGUCAAAAGAGUGAGUGGAUUUAAUGCUGCUAAAAAAAGGUUUAUAGUACCAUCUUUGGUCCGCAAAAUUGGAUAUUCCUUGAAGAAAUGUGCUGAGAUUGUAGUGGGUGAAGCUUUACUGGCAGAAGACAAAGAAACAGAAAAAAGAGCAAAGAGUUUUAUCAAGCUUUACGAUGCACAGUGGAGGGCUUGUCUGUCUAGCCGUGCCUCCUCCCUUCAUCAGAGUAAGUGGAAAUAGCUGGACGUCAUCCCUCUUACGGAACAUGUCUCAUCUCCAGAAACUUCCAGAGAAAGACUGAGGAAAAUGCAAAGCAGGAGCUAGAAAAGAACCCUAGUCCAUCAGCCUGGAGGGGCUUAUGUGAGGCACUGCUGGUUGAAGUCAUACUUCAUAGUAAGAGAAGAGAAGGUGAAAAUGCCGAAAUGCUACUCAAAAUGUACGAAACUCGAAGCACUGCCCCAGUAAACACAGAUGCAUACAACAGCCUUACGAAACUGGAACAGAAACGCACAUGCAAAGGAAGGUCUUUGGAUGAAAUUAAUCUUUCAGCUGAAGGUAAUACAUAAGAAUAGUAUUUAAAAUACAGUAGUAAUUUCCAUAAUAUUCAAAUGUGAAUGAUAGUGUAACUCAGUUAAUGUCUUCGUUGACUGGCUGUCAUUUUUGAUUCAUUAUCCAAGUCACAUUUCUAUCUGUACCCUAGAGUUUAGAGUAACAAACUAUAAUUAUCAGAUAGAUCCUAGACAAGUGCUUGCUACUGAUCUGAAAAAUGUUUACAGCUGUGUAAUGAAAAUGCAAUUUGUCGAUUGUAGCUUUAUAAUGUUGGACAAUGUUGAAAAACACUAAAGCAUGAAGUCUGUCAUUUUACAUUAAGAAACAUCUGUUUCUUUACAUCCCUUGUGCACUUUUUGAAAUUAAUUUUCCUGUGCAGAAGAUAGUGACAGUGAUGAUGAGACUAGAGCUUAAGGAGACGGUUUGUUUUGAUGUUCAUUUCACUGGGUGUCCAGUCCACCCACCAGUCAGGUAAUAAUGGUCUGCAGGAGAACAGCCUUCUGCAUCCUAAGAGGUUUCACCCUCUCUGCACGCGCUCCAUGCGCCUCCUUUUCAUCCAGGAGGCGAAGCAGCAUCAGGACUAAAACCUCUACAGCUUAUAAGCGCCCCCCCCCCCAACACAAACGUGGACGUCACCACUAUGCACAGCCCAACUUUGCACUCAUUGUCACACAGCGUUCCUGCUGCCCUCCUUGUAUAUCUCAGACUGCACUGUCACUUUCAGUGCACAUUCUACUUUUAGUGUAUAUUAACUGUAUUUUUAUAUUUUGCUGUAUUUUCCUUUAUCUGUUAUUUUUCAUUCUGUUGUUCUGCUUUUGUACUGUGCGCCGGGACCCGCGGAAACCACGUUUUGUUCCAUUACGUUGCAUAGUGUGCUGAUGUGUAGGAAUGACAAUAAACCUUUAAAUCUUGAAUCUGAA